GAAGGUUGGAGACUUCCACCGACGUCCGCUCAUGAGUUUCGAACGCAUCCCCCACCCGGUGGGUGCCUAGUGCAGUAGAUAUGCACACGGGCCAAGCAGUCUGCAGUCUGCUGGGUGGGGAAACAACUGCGCCAUGCGCGCAAUUGCGGUGUGAAGGAUCGUUUGCGUUUGCGUUAUUUAAUGCUUUGGGUGGGUGGUGUGGUGCGUGGGUUGGUGACGUCGGCUUUGGUCGUGUAACCAUGGUUCGUUGGGAUGCUAGGUGGGUGCCUCGCCAUCUUUGGUGCGUGUCGUCGUUGAUGCUUUGGUAGUUGUGCUAUAGUUGCUCUGUGCAUACCGACUUGCUUGCAGUAUGCACACUACAUUCUAAGAAGUUAAACGAGAGCAACG